AUGACCUAUGACCUAGCUUCAAAUAGGUCUAGCUUCCACUCCUAUCGGCGAAUAUCCCCUUCUAGUUCCAAUUCUACAAAGAGAGCUUUCGAGGACGACCCUACUUUUGCACCACCGUCUCUCAGUUCUUAUAGCGCGGGCCUUGAUGCAAGAAGCAAGACCUACUUGACUGCAAGUACAAGCACUACUGCUGUCACCGGGAUCUACGAGAUGGAUUUCCCCAACAAGAAGAUGACUUCGGUGCAGAGCAAGCUAGCGGCCCAUUUCGGUAGCCACCACCACCACCAAUCGGCUGGGGGCACAAACACGGAUCUUGCUCCAUCAGCUGCGCAGAGCUCAUUCACGCGCAGCUCAAGCGAUAUGGAUGGCAGAUCCAGCCCUGUACCGGACUCGUUGUCCGUUUCGAGGAAAAUCGACGAUAGUGUGAGACUGAGAAGGAAACGAGGGUUUAAGCGGAAAAUCGGUUCGCCAAAACACGCCUCACAAGUUGAGCAGGAAAAUGUCGAUGGAGGUUCUUUUGAAAGAAGGAAAGCGGAGCUGAUGAGCAUAAGAAAUGCUUGUGAGAUGGUGGAUGAGGAUGAGAUCAGCCGCAAGGUUGAAGAGAGAAGACUCGAGCGGGAGAGAUUAAAAGAGCAGCAGUUGGAACAAGAGAAACUACUACAACGGGAACGAGAGCGCGAGCAAGAGAAACUACUACAACUACAACUACAGCGAGAACGAGAACGAGAACGAGAACGAGAGCAUGAAGCAAAAGAGAGAGAAGAAAAAGAUAUAAACUUUAUGCCCAAUUUAUAUCAAGACCGACUCAACCGAGAAACUAACAGUGGACAACUGGGAAAACCCGUUAUUUCACCCUUGAGGUCUCCUUUCGAAAGGAAAAGGAUCCCAUUGUCGGACGUGUCGCCAAAUGUCUUUCGGAAACCAAAGUUGCCCAGAUCCGCACAGAAGCAGUCGCCACGGCUUCAACCUUUGCAACCCAAACCUGCCCAGCCUCUACUCGAACAAAGACCCCCAUCUACAGCUUCAGAGGAUGACUCAAUGGGGGCCAACAGAAAGAGAAAUGUCAAUAUCAACGGCAAACUAUACGAAAAAUUGGAGCUUCUAGGCAAGGGGGGCUCAUCCAAAGUAUACCGAAUAAAAGCAACCGAUGGACGCCAAUACGCCAUGAAGAAGGUGACGCUAAACCAAUUUGAAGAUGUCUCUGGGUUCAAGGGCGAGAUUGACUUAUUGUUGAAGAUGAGGCACUCGAAAAGGGUAGUUAAGCUAAUCGACCAUGCAAUCUCGACUUCGUCCAUCUAUUUAAUCAUGGAGAAAGGAGACAUUGACCUCGCAAUUGUUUUUCAAAACCGACAGAAUGCAAAGCUACCGUUGGACAUCCAUUUUGUCAAGUACCACAUCCAUGAAAUGUUCAAAUGCGUUGAGGACGUGCACGAUGCAGGCAUCGUGCACAGCGACUUGAAGCCGGCAAACUUCAUCAUGGUCAAAGGGAUGUUGAAGAUUAUCGAUUUCGGUAUCGCCAACGCCGUUCCCGACCACACCGUCAACAUUUACCGCGAGUCGCAGAUUGGCACCCCAAACUAUAUGGCACCCGAGGCUCUCGUCGAGGCCAACUUGGCCGGCAUGAAAAGCACCACGUGGAAAGUUGGACGACCCUCCGACGUGUGGUCGUGCGGAUGCAUCUUGUACCAGUUCAUAUACGGCAAACCUCCCUAUGCUGCAUACUCGGGCACCCAACGAGUGAUGGCUAUCAUGAACCCCCAGAUCAAGAUACAAUUUCCUGCCCACGGCAUUGGAGAGGUGAAGGUGCCCGCUAGUGCUAUUCAGUUGAUGAAGAAUUGCUUGGCGAGAGACCCCAGCGAUCGUUGGACUAUAGAUCAGUGUCUCUCUAGCGAUUUCUUCAAUCCAAAAGUGGUCAAUGAGGCAUUCAUUGGUAAAUUGGUCCACCAGAGCAUCAACCUUGGCUUCAACAAACGAAUACAAGGGGACGGGAUGUCUACAGAUGAAUACGAUUCAAUGAUUGAAAGCAUGAUUCAACAAAUAGAAGCUUAUAAUUGUUAA